AUCAGGCGACAACAGCAGUUACGAAGCGAAACAGCAGGCACGGUGCUGGAACUUCGCUGUUAUCUUUGCAUUUACUUUGAGUUUGUUUAUUUUUUUGUAAUCUAAUUGGCUAGUUAAAAUGACCGAGCAGUCGUCGCUUCUUCUUAGAAAACAGUUAGCAGAACUCAAUAAGAACCCUGUCGAGGGCUUUUCGGCUGGUCUGAUCGACGAUGAUGAUAUCUAUCAGUGGGAGGUUGUGAUCAUCGGUCCAGCAGAUACGUUGUUCGAGGGUGGAUUUUUUAAAGCGAACCUCACAUUUCCUCAUGACUACCCACUCCGUCCUCCAAAGAUGAGAUUUGUUACAGAAAUCUGGCACCCUAAUGUUGCGAAGAACGGAGACGUCUGCAUCUCAAUCUUACACGAGCCAGGAGAGGACAGGUUUGGCUACGAGAAGCCUGAAGAGCGCUGGCUGCCGAUCCACACCGUCGAGACGAUCAUGAUCAGCGUCAUCUCCAUGCUAGCCGACCCGAACAGUGACUCGCCGGCCAACGUGGAUGCUGCUAAAGAAUGGCGAGAGGAUCCCAAUGGAGAGUUCAAAAGGAAAGUAGCCCGUUGUGUGAGAAAAAGCCAGGAGAUGGCAUUCGACUAGAUCUUCCCUUCACUGUAGUACUCAUAUAAAUGGCAGGAGAGCGUGAAGUACAAGAGAUCAGAGAUCCAUCAUUCUGUGUCUGAGACUGAAUCACAAGGAAAUGGAAAUUUUCUCACAGCUGAAUCUUCUCUGAAUGCGUGGUUAGAAGUAUAUUUUGUUUGCUUGUGUGUGUGUGUGUGAGAGAGAGAGAGAGACUUAUUUAUUGUCUGGAUCUUGAUGAAGUGUAAUGCAUGACCCUUUUGCUUUUUUUUGCCCCCUGCCUCUGAGCCAUCAACUAUGUGCAAAGUCACUUAUGCAAGUUUCUCAGUUUCACACUCACUGUAGCUAUAGAGAACCUCACACCACUACUGUCUCUCACUAAGGAGUUGGUGUGCUCCCUGCUGCCUUAAUGUCUCCUCCUGUACAGGAGAGGAUUGAAUUCAGCGAUGCCAGGUCUGUCAGAAUCCUCCUGUUUCCUUUGACAAACCAAAAAGAGUAUUCAUGAAAUAGAGAAUAUUUUUGUGUAUAAAAUAUUCUGUGACUGUAAAUAUCCUGUAUUAUAGCCACGUCAAUCUGACCAUCUGUUUGUGUUUCUCCUCCACUCAAGUUUUAUUCAGUCGUGGCUAUAUGCAGUGUUAAAGCUGUCAGCCGUUUACAUGCAACUCACUCAGUAAUAUUAGUUUUUAAAUCUUUUGUCCAUUUCUCCUAAUUUACCUUAUUAUUUCUCAAUAAAAGCAUUUUGUCUUAAGUCUAAAA